UUGGAAUCCAUUUUGUUUUAUUUCAGCGCGUGUUGUAAUAGUUCGCGUCUGCCUGUAUUUUUUAGCGAUUAACUAUUGAAGUACUCAUUAAUUCAUGAAAGUUUUGUGACAUUCUGUGUAUUAGUGCUAUAAAAUUUACGCAAAAAUGCAAAGUGGAGCUAAAAAUCCGCCAUGGGCAAGGUCUAACGUAAAUUCAAAUAUGACCGGCAUGAAUCCGCAAAUGAUGGAUCCGAAUGCAAUGGCGAUGUCCCAGCAAGGGAUGAUGCCCUUCCAACAGUCGCAGGCGGUUUUCAACCCCAACAUGAUGCAAGCGCAAGGUGGAAUGUCCAUGCAAAUGGGGGGACAAAUGCCUAUGAAUCAGAUGGGCCAAGGUCAAAUGUACCCGGGAAAUGUUGUGGCCUAUCCGACCCCUCGCGCGAUGAACCCCGGAAUGUACCAGAACAACCAAGGAAACCAGCAGCAGCCCAACAGCACUGAACAGCGGGUCUUCACCGGGACAGUCACCAAAACUCACAACGACUUCGGCUUUGUUGAUCAUGACGUCUUCUACCAAACAUCCGUGUGUGCUAAAGGGGUUAUCCCUAAAGUAAAUGACAGAGUACUAGUUGAGGCAUCGUACAACCCUAACAUGCCGUUUAAAUGGAAUGCCACUAGGGUGCAAGUGCUGCCGAAGGGAGGUCCGAACCAGAACCAGAACAAAGGAGGCGGUGGACAGCACAAGUCCAACUACAACGCCGUCCCGCCGCCGCCCAACUCCAAGAAGGGUAUGCAGAACAGAAGAGAUGACCGCCCUCCUCGCAGGGAAGAUAGAGUUGAGAGGAAGCGUUCCCGCACACGCAGCCGGUCCCGCUCCCGUAACCACGCGGACAGCCAGAGCCGCCGCCGAGACUCGCCGCCCCGCAAGCGACCCACCGUGCACCAGCCCUCGCCCGUCAAGUAUGUCGUCAGAGUGCCCCGGAUGCCCUUGGACAUCACCAAUGUUGAUGUGCCAACUCUGUCUCAACGUUACACAAACAUGUACAUUCCGUCUGACUUCUUCUCCGCACAAGUGCGCUGGGGCGAGACCUUCCCUCCAGAGAGUCCAUUCUCACUGAACAACUCAUGCUCCUACCACAUCAUGAACAAGGAGAUUGAACUGCCCGGAGGCAACGACACUGUGCUGGAGCCCCCAGAUGCGGACUACAGAUACUCUGCUAAGGUUAUGCUAAUCAGUGUGCCAACCCUGGAACUGUUCUACCAAAAGUGUGGCCUCACCAAGCAGGAUGAUAAAGACAAGCGUAACAACAAGAACCCACUGCACCCAACCCGUUUGAUCAAGUUCCUCGUUGGACAAAAGGGGAAAGGUGGAGAAAACUUUGCUAUAGGUGGACCUUGGAGCCCUUCUUUAGAUGGUGAAAAUCCCCAAUCAGACCCCACAGUGUUGGUGAAAACUGCAAUACGCACCUGCAAAGCUCUGACCGGAAUAGACCUAACACCCUGCACUCAAUGGUACCGAAUGGUGGAGUUUUACUACUGGCGCGAGAGCAGCGGCGGCAAGUCGCGGCUGGAGACGGUGGUGCUGUUCCUGCCCGACGUGUGGUCGGCGCAGUGCUCGCGCGUCGAGUGGCCGGACGUGCUCGAGCGCUAUAAGGCGGCGUGCGAGGCGUCGCUGCAGCGGCUGGGCGAGCCCGCGCCCCCCGCACCCGCCGCGGCCCCCGCAGCCGCCCCCGCGCAGCCCCAGGACCAAGCAGACUCGCAGCCGGACAGUUCACUAAUUGAAAAUAAAUCAGCCGAUGAUAGUAGUAUAACCAUUGAGGAUAAUGAUGAUGAUGAGGAAAGGCCCGAGGCCACACAUUACUCCAAGUUGGAUAUGAAGACUAUUAAAGUGGAUCAGUUGAGACAAGAGCUACGCGCCCGUAAGAGCAGUUGCAAGGGUCUUCGAGCACAGCUUAUCUCUCGUCUGUCAAAAAUGCUGAAAGCUGAAGAGGAAAAGGAGAAGGAAGAAGUUAUGGUGGUAGAGGACGAAGAUGGAGAAAAGAAAUCAGAUGAUAAGAAAGAGAACACUGAAACAGAGAAACCGAAAGAGGCAGACAGCAAUGAAAAUGACACCAUUGAAAUCAAGGAUGACAAAGAUGAAAAGAAGGAUGGCAAAAAAGAUGGAGACAAGAAAGCAGCUGAGAAGACAAAGGAAAAGACCGAGAAAGAUAUUGAAAGGGAGAAGGAAAAGCUAGAGAAAGAGAAGCACACGCUCAAGUCGCGCUACGAGCUGCCGUCCACGCCCCACAUGGUCGUACACCCCUCCCCCACGGCCAAGGGCGGCAAGUUCAACUGCUCCGUGGCCACGCUGUCGCUGCUGCUGGACUACCGCAUCACGGAUAAUAAGGAGCAUAGCUUCGAGCUAUUCGUAUUCGCGGAGCUAUUCAACGAGAUGCUGAUGCGAGACUUCGGCUUCUACAUCUACAAGACGCUGUACACGCUGCCCGAGAAGGUCGAGGAGCCCAAGGAGAAGUCCGCGGAGAAGAGCGAGAAGAAAGACGAGAAAGCUGAGAAGAAAGAUGAUAAGGAUAAGAAGGAUGAUAAAGAUAAGAAAGAUGAGAAACGCGAUGACAGGAGGGACUCGCGCAGGCGGGACCGACGGGACUCGCACAGCGACGACGAGCGCUCCAACUCCCCGAGCAAGAAGAGCGGCGGCGUGGACCUCCCCUCGGACCCCUACCUUCUCCUCUCACUCGUAUACUUCGACACGAGCCGCUGCGGCUACGUCGUGAAGAAGGACCUGCAGAACCUCUUCAUGAGCCUCGGCCUGAGGCUUUCAAGGUCCCAGAUUAGGGGAAUACUGGAGAAAGUCUGCAUCAAGGAUAACUUUACGUACAAGUCACUGACGCAAGCGAUCAAGGACCUGGCGUCGGGCUCGGCGGAGGCGAUGCAGGACCUGCCGCUGGAGACCACCGUCAACACCAACAGCGAGGUGCCGCCGCAUAUUGCUGAGUUAGAAGCGACUAUUGCGGCGGGCAAUCGCGACCUCCUGCCAGUUUUCAAAUCAGGCGAGGAAGAGGACGGCGAAUCGACCGGAACUGUUGACGCGGGCAAAACAGGCAUGGUGAUGUACAAGUCGCGACUGGUCGACGUGGGCGCGACGCUGUCGGCGCUGAGCCGCAGCGAGCAGCAGCGCACGCGGCUGGAGACGGCGCUGGCGGAGGCGCGCGCCGUGGCCCGCACCAUGCGCGCCGCCGCCGCGCAGACGCAGGCCGCCUCGCGCUCCAGCCAGCACCAGCUGAGUGACCUGAACGAGCAGCUCCAAGCGGCCAAGAACAGGGUCGCCUCGCUCACUGCAAGUUCAAAAAUAUUCCAUUCCGCUCUGAAGAGCAUCCAGUCCAAGGUGGAAGCCGUGGUCAACAUCAAGUACGAAGACGACGACGUUGUGGAAGUCGUCAACGGACCAUCCAAGAUUGAGAAAAAGGAGGGAAAGAAAUCAGACGUCAAAGCUGACGACACAACACCAAGUGAACAAAAGCCAACCCCGGCUGCUGACGAGAGCAUCGAUGAAGACAAAUCCAAAAUAGAAAAAACAGAUAAAGAAACACCCACUGACGAUGCCGUCAUCCAAGAUGAAGUAAUGGAUCUGGAUGACAAGGAAUAGCACUUACUCCGUAGUAUGCCGCGCUUCGACACAUGUUCGUUAGCCUAAUGAUAAUCGUGAUUUACUUUAGUCAGAACUAGCUACAUUUAUUUCAAUAUAUUUUUCGAAUAUGACCUUAUGUAACGACGCAUGUUUCAUUACUAUUCUCCGGAAAUUUAUUGAAUACUUGAAUAGAAAUAAGAUACUUUAAUUUGUGAUUAUACUCGAGUCACAUGCUAUGAUAAGUGAAAAGCAUUUUUUGAUGCAAUAAAGAUUCAAACUUCA